AUGGGCGAGUAUCAAAACUUGAAAAUACAAAAAAAAUUAAAUUUUAUUAUAAUCACAAAAAUUGUUCAGUAUGAGCAUCCGUGUGCCACUCAGUACGGUCAACAAAACUGCGGAAUCCAACCGACACUGUCCAUUGCUCAAACGAGGCAGCCUCCUCCGAGACAUACCGAUUUCCAUCAGCAUAAUGUUUUAGUUCCUGCAAAUCCAUAUUUAACAGAAGAAAUUCCUCAUUGGCUUUAUGUAUAUUCGAGAGCACCGCCAGAACUUGAUUAUAAGUUAAAGUGGCAAUUAUUUCGUCUACCCGAAUUAGACUGCUUUCAGGGAAUGUUAAAUAGAUUGCAUCGACAAGAAUUAGAAGGUAUAGUCAUGAAAUACGAAGCAUAUCGUCUGGCGUUACUUCGCGAGAUGGAAAGAAGACUUAUUGAACAUCAGUAGCUUUUCUUAGGUUUUAUUUUAUUAUGUAGCAAAUAUUUUAUGUUUAGUUUUAGAAGGAAUUAAGAUUUAGCCGCUUUAAUGAUUUUAAUGGCAUAAACUUUUAAAUGUUGAUGACAUCUAAAAAUAUUUAGAAGUCUUAGAAUGAAAAAAAGAGAGCAUUUUAUUGAUAAAGAAUUUAUCACUAUUAUUUACAUUGUUUUUUGAAGCAACAAUCAGUUAAAUUGUUUAGCAUCUCUAAUAAUUGAUUCCAUCUAAUUUUGUUGUUAUUUCCAUUCUAAAUGACAUAAAAGUGUUAGAAGUAGGUUUUAUUUUUAGUUUUAAAAACUUGCAGAGAAUUGCUAUACCAGAAUUUUAAGUUGUAAAUCAAAGUCCAAAAUAGGAAUUCUACCAAAAAACUAAAUUUCUGCUUUCAUGAUGAUUAAUUUUAGUAUCUGUGACAAAACUUGUGUAUUUUCUUGUGGGUUGUUUAUAUUAUAUUGCUAUAAAUGUGCCUUAGUAUUUUGAUGAAAAGUGAUGUUUUUUCAUGUUUUUCCAAAAAUUUUACUUGCAUUCAAGUGAAAUUUAAUUAGAAAAAUUGUUAACUUGUCUCAAAAUAUUUCCGGAUGAUAAUGGAUAUGUUAGAAUGAUCUUUAGAGAAGAAAUGCCAUUCAUUUAAAAAUUCAUAUUAACUCAUUAAUCUAAGUUUCAAAGAACAUAAACUUAGAAAGCAAUAUAACUUUUUAUGAAGAGAAGAAAAAAACAUAUUGAAUCACAAAAUUUAAACAUAAACAGGAUGUUUAUUCAGAGUGAAAAUAUUGUAAAAUGAUGUUAGUGCUUUAGAACAAUGAAAGUUAACAUUCUGUGAAAAUUCCAUUACAGAUUUUAAAAAAGAUAUGCAAUAAGAUUUGUUUAGGAAGGUUUAUUAAAAUGUUUGUUUGUAUUCUAAACCCUUGCUCAACCAAUUACCAUUCAUUUUAUUUUAAAUACUUGAAGAUUUAUUGCUUAUCUUCAAACUCUGGUGUUGAAUUUAAUUGUAAUUUAUUGUGAAAUUUAUUUGCAAUGUUUAGUACAACUUGUUUUCCACAGAUAUUAAUAAUAUGCCACACAAGUUAGAUAAUUUGAAAAGUUGCAUUUUCAAUUAUUAAACUUCAAAUCAACGAAAGUUUAUUGCAUAUAAUAACUGUCGUAAAAAUUUUUGUUUCUAGUGGAAUUUUAAAUAUAUUUAUUACUGAAGUUAAAAAAAAUUUACUAUUAGCUGGAUAUUUUUUCUUCAAGCAGAUGAUCCUGAAAGAUGCAAUUGAUUAUAAAUUAAACUUUAACACAUUUACUGACAGAAAAAACUGCAAGUAGUAUGGGAAAUAUUUUUUAAUUGGAUUUUAGCUUUGUGCUAUUUUUAUUGCAGAGAAUUUAUCCUCUGUACUAUAUAUAUAUUGUCAGUUGUGAUAAGAUACUUAUUUAAAUUGAUAAAACGUUGUGUCAAAGUUAUUCCAGUUGACAAUUCAUUGAUAUGUAAGUAUUAUAUGGAACCUAUUUAUCUUUGGCAUCUUUCCAAAACAUAUGAUCUAGAUCAAUUAAUAUUCUGAAAAUGUAAAUAACUAAAGCCAUCAUUAAUAUUUUUGAAGUAUCUCGUGUGCACCUUUUGGAAACAAAAGUGUUUUUCUUAUUAGUCUUCAAUAUUUGCUAAAUUGUUAUAUCAUAAAUCUGCACUUAGAUUAGUAAUGGUGAUAGAAAAAAAUAUUAUAGUAUCACAAAGCAUAUCUGAGAUUGUUUUUUCAGUAGCAUAAUUAUUUGAAAUUUUCAGUAAGACUUUAAGAUUCAAAUUGCCAAUUAGGCAUUUACUUUUAUUGACAAAUGUGCAGAGUGCUUUUGAGCUGUGUGUCUACAGAUCAAAAUUUGAGUAGUUAGUAUUUAUUUACUAUUGUACUGAAUUAUUAUGACCUGUCUUCAAUAUAUAGAAUACAAAAAAAAUUAAAUUUUAUUAUAAACUGAAUGUUAUUCUGCAGAACUCAAUUACUUAUUACCAAAAAUAGUGUGAUAGAACUGUGAAAGUUACAUAUGUGCCUUUUGAAAAAUUUUAUUAAAUUAACUAAAAUGACUGAUGCAACCAAAUCCAAAGUCAAUAUUAUGAUUUGCUUUUGACUGUUACAUCAAUUGUAACAAAAGUCUUAUUGUUAGGUAAUUUUUUUCUUUUCCUUUAUAUUCUUUUAUAGAAUGCAAUCUAGUUUUUAUAUUAUAACUGCACUGCAAAAUAAAUCCAGUAUUUCAACUGCAAAGUUAUGUAAUAAAAUAUAUGCAAAGAUGACAAAGAAAUUUUAAGUAUCUAAUGUUUACAAGUUUAUGAAAAUACAUUCUUACUUAUGCAUCAAAUUCAAUAUAUACAGUACAAAAUCAAUGCACUCUUCAUUUAAAUUUUAUUCCUGUUUUUAACUAUUGUAUUUGUCAAAAUGAUAAUUGUGUAUAUAAUUUUCAAAGUAUUGAAAUUUAAUCUAACAUUCAAAAAUAUGCAUACCUAUUUUGGUAAUGAAAAUAGCAAUAUAAUCAAGACGUAGUAAAAGGUUCUCUCGAUUUUGGCACCGACUCCUAAGAUGCUUUGUUACAGGAUUUACGAUUCUGGUAGAAGUUUUUUAUAUGUAUAUACAUAUUGGUGCCAUAUUUUAGAAUUUAAACUGUAAUAAUUUGGUAGUUUUAUAGGCAAAACUUUUCUAUGUCACUCGAUGCUUAUAAUGCUUUUUAUCAUCAAUGAGUGGAGAGAUAA